AUGCUACUGGAUGCCUGCCGUGACGAACGCCCCCGGGACCCGCGUUGUCUACAAGACGGACGGCCAACUUUACAGCCACCGGCGGAUGCGCUUCCGGUCGCGUCCAUGGACUUCUCUUCGCCGACGACUGCGCCCUCAAUGCCACUUCCGAAUGGGGACAUGCAAAGGGGCAUGGGCAUCUUCGCCGUCGCCUGCGACAACUUCAACCUGGUCAUCAACACGGAGAAGACAGUGGUUAUGCAUCAACCGCCACCCGACGCUGUCUAUGUCGCACCCCAAAUCAACGCGAACGGCGCCCAACUGCAAGUCGAGGAAAACUUCACUUACCUGGGUAGCACCCUCUCUCGCAACACCAAAAUCGACGAUGAAGUGGCCCACCGGAUUUCCAAAGUCUACCAAGAAUUCGGCCAUCUGCAAAACACAGUCUGGAAUCGCCAGGGUCUCUACCUUAACACCAGAGUGAAGAUGUGCAAGGCGGUCAUCCUGCCGACGCUGCUGUAUGGAGUAAAGAUCUGGACGGUGUAUAAGAAGCAGCCGCAAAGACUCAACCACUUCCACUUCAGCUGUCUUCCAGGUGGCGGGACCGGAUCCCGGACACGGAAGCACUGGAGCAGACGAGAAUCCUCGGCAUCUACGCCAUGUUGA